CAUGAACCCCCAAGAGUUGUCCAACUCAUUUUGGGCCUCGGCGAGGUUGAAGGAUGUAGUGCCUGAUGUGGCGCAAAUUGUUCCUGCGCUUUCUGUGCAGAUUCCAGGCAACGCUGGCGCAAUGAACACUCAAGAGUUGUCCAACUGCUUCUGGGCAGCAGGGAAAUUGAAGGAUGUUGCACUCGAUAGUGUCCGACAGAUCUUGCCAGCUCUCGUGGCCCGACUUCCAAAUGCAGUUCCUGAUAUGAUUCCUCAACACUUUGCCCAGUGCUUUUCGGCCGUGGAACUGUUGAAGGAUCUGGAGCCAGACGUGCUGAAGCUUUUGCCGGCGCUGCGGGCGGAAGUCGCUAAGAGGGGGCUUUCGGAGGCGAAGCUCUCAGGGUCUGGAACUGUCAAGUAGAAGCCAACGGGGCCCAGCUUGCAUAGCUCCAGCAUAGGGUGCGGAGCUACAGGAUUUUGCCUGAUGUGGGCUGAAUGAAGUGGAACCUGGCGAAGCCUCCAGGAUACCAGGUUUUUCUUUGUGUGAUAUUUGCCUGAUCCUUUUUGAAUGGCAGUGGCGGUUCAAACUGAGAGGAUGGCUUUGCCGCUUCGGUCUGGAGCUCUGUGCUAUUGAGCGCUACCCCUGCACCGGACGGAUCCGAGUGCACGCCGGAUCGGGCGGAGCCAAAGGAGA